AGUUUUGUUUUCUCUCUGUGACUACAAAGUGCCCUCUUCGUUGAAACCAUUCUCACUGCAGUCUGCAUUCUUGAUUUCUGUCAAACUCCAACGACCUCCAAAACUCUUUUCUUGAAUAAACUUCUUGAAAAUGGCACGACAAGAUCCUAAUCCAUUUGCUGAUGAAGAGACCAAUCCUUUUGCGGAUAAUAAAAGUGUUCCUCCUGCAAGCAACUCCUAUCUCAAGCCGCUUCCACCUGAACCUCAUGAUCGUGGUGCAGCAGUCGAUAUCCCUUUGGAUUCCAGCCAGGAUCUUCGAGCUAAAGAGAUGGAACUUCAGGCUAAGGAGAACGAACUGAAACGUAAAGAGCAGGAGCUUAAAAGAAGAGAAGAUGCAAUAGCGCGAACUGGAGUUGUCAUUGAGGAGAAGAAUUGGCCAGAGUUUUUCCCUCUAAUUCAUCAUGACAUUACUAACGAGAUUCCUAUUCACUUACAGAAGAUCCAAUAUGUUGCAUUCGCCACAUUGUUAGGGUUGAUAGCAUGCCUCUUGUGGAAUAUUGUGGCAGUAACUGUAGCUUGGAUCAACGGAGGAGGUCCCACUAUAUGGCUUCUCUCAAUCAUCUACUUCAUUUCUGGUGUCCCUGGGGCUUACGUCUUAUGGUAUCGUCCUCUUUACCGAGCUACCAGAACUGAUAGUGCCCUGAAGUUUGGAACUUUCUUCUUGUUUUACUUGUUUCACAUUGCGUUCUGCGGCUUUGCUGCAGUUGCUCCACCAGUCGUCUUUCGAGGAAAGUCCCUCACAGGUUUCUUACCAGCAUUUGAGUUUCUAACUACUAAUGCUAUGGUCGGGAUAUUGUAUUUCAUUGGGGCGGGCUUCUUCUGCAUCGAAACACUUCUCAAUAUAUGGCUGAUUCAGCAAGUAUAUGCAUACUUCCGAGGGAGUGGCAAAGCUGCACAGAUGAAGCGUGAAGCUACAAACUCGAUGGUGCGUGCACUAUGAAGCCAACACUCAAUUGACGGUGGCUUGAGAUGAAAUCUUGAACUCUCUCCACACAACAUUUGACACAAACCUCCUCUCUUUGCAAAGUCUAGCCUCACACAUUUUGUCUUACUUUGUAAAGACUAAAUCAAGUACCU